AUGCAGGAAAACGCAACACAAGACUUGGAGUUUCAUCCGGCCAGCAGAGGCGCUCGCACUCUCUAUGGCCAGGCGUGCGUCAACUGCUCCAGAUCGAAAUGUAAAUGUGUCUCCCGACCCGCCGGCGGCGCAUGUGAGCGGUGUCACCGCUUGCAAAAGUCAUGUCAGCCGAGCUUCUAUGCAAGAAAGCGCCCCAAGAAACGACUCUACAGCCAGACGGCACGUUUGGAAGAGAAGCUUGACGGGCUCAUGACUAUGCUGCAACAGUCCAGGCAGCACAGCAUUCACACCAAUGCCAGCUCAGAUAUGAAGGUUCCAAGGACCCCUGACCCCUCAACCUCAGCAGGAGGCGAGCCAUCAGAACUCGGAGACACUUGCAGCGUAGGGUCCGGUUUGUUGCCUCAAAUCGAUAACUGCGAGGCUGGGGGCACGUCACUGUUCAUGAAAACGCAGAUGUGUGACGUUAAGACUGUAGCUGAUGAGCUACCUUCGGAAGAUGAGGCGCAAGCCCUGUUUGAGUCGUUUCGGGAUCAAAAUUUGAAAUACUUUCCGUUCUUGCACUUUAAGAAAACGGUUACAUCGAAGGAACUGCGGGAAGAGCGGCCAUUUCUAUGGCUUUGUAUUAUUACGGUGACUACGCGGCUCCCAAAACAACAAAUCGCGUGGGGACAGCGAGUGCGACAAGCAGUUGCACAAAAGUUAAUUAAUGAGAACGAGAAGAAUAUUGAGUAUUUUCUUGGACUCUUGAUCAUACUUAGUUGGCCGAGUCAUUAUCUAGGAGAUAGGUCUUUCACAAGCUUAAUGUGUCAGAUUGCUAAAGCACUUUACUUUGACUUGGGGCUAUACACGGAACCACUUGCAUCCUCUAGUCCUUUGUUCCGCUGGAAGACAGCUCAAGAAAACGGGGGUAAAGUGAAGACCUUAUUUCAGGAUCCUUUCCCGAAGUCUCAGCUGCCGCGUACGAUGGAGCAACGGAGAGCCAUCGUCGCUUGCUACGUAAUCACAUCAAUAAUCUCCGAUGUUAUUGAGAAGAAUGACGCGUUGCGCUGGAGCCCCCAUAUGAAUGAGUGUCUUACUAUCCUCGAUGAGCAGUCUGAGGUCCCUUCAGAUCGAAUUUUAGCCGCAUUGACCAGGAUACAACUGCUCAGCGAGGAAGCCAGAAGCCACACAUUACAGCUUAACGUUUCCUUCGACGAGUUUAACAACCUUAGAACGCCAGCAUCCACGUAUGCUAGGCUUCUGCAAGACCGACUUCAAUGUAUCAUUCGAAAUUUGCCACCAGAGUUGCAAUCCGCAGAUAUUAUCAUCUCCCAAAUUCACUAUACCGAGCUUGUGAUCCAGGAAAUUGCUCUGCCAACUAGAAACAAAGUUGACAGCUCCGCCAGCCUUCCUGACAUAGCCCGCCUCAACAGCCUUUAUAUGUGUUUGCACUACAUUAAAGCUUGGUUCGGACACUUCUACACAAUACCCCCAGCAGCAUACUAUGCCAUCUCUUAUCCUUUCUUCGCAAGACUCCGUCUCUGUUUUACCUCGCUCUAUCGACUCUCCAUACUUGAAGAUCCGGUAUGGGAUCGCAUGAGCGCUCGCAACACAAUAGACCUCAUCACCACAUUAGAUGAGGUCGGAGACCGAUUCAUGAGGGCAGGUAACGGAGCAGGUUCAAAAUCCGAGGUCGGGGUGGGAAACGGAUUCGCCAAGGCUGCUGAAAGCAUUAGCGUGCUCAAGGAAUUAUGUGAGAUUGCCCUCGCCCCUUUAGAUACGAGUAUGGACCCUGCGGCUGCGCUGUCUUGUGUUGCCAGUACAGAUAUGCUUGAUACUGUAGCACUGCCGCCGCCGCCGCCGCCGCCACCGCUAGCAGGCGGUGCCGGAGAAGUAAAAGGGUAUCAGCUUGGGAUGAACCCGACGGACUGGCGAUGGUCUACAGACCCUUUUACUUCAUUCGAUUUUUGA